AUGGGUCGUUGGUGUGUGCCUAAUGACCUAGAGCUUAAGAAGAAGAUUCUCGAAGAAGCUCAUUGUACUCCCUAUUCUGUUCAUCCUGGGUGUGAUAAGCUUUACAAGGAUCUCAAGGCUAAUUUCUGGUGGCCUUGUAUGAUGAGGGAAGUGGCAGAAUUCGUGGCUAGAUGUCUGUUUGAUUCUAUCUUGAUGGACUUUGUUAUGGGUCUUCCGAGAGCAUUUGGUGGUAAGAAUGUCGUAUGGGUGAUCGUAGACCGGUUGACAAAGGUGGCUUGGCUAAUUUCGAUGAAAAAUACUUGGUCUAUGGAAGAAGGCUUUUGUACUAAGUUGAAGUUGAGUACCGCUUUUCAUGCUGCUACUGAUGGGCAAACUGAGAGGGCUAUUCAGACUCUGGAGGAUAUGCUCCGUGCUUGUGCCUUAGAAUUUCAAGAGUCCUGGUUGAAGUCGUUGAAUUUGGUAGAGUUCUCUUACAAAAAGAGUUACCAUGCUAGCAUCCAGAGGGCUCCUUAUGAAGCCUUAUAUGGGCGAAAGUGUCGUAGUCCUACUUGUUGGAGCGACAUAAGUGACUCUUUGGUGUUGGGACCAGACUUGAUUCAGGACACCGUGGAGCAAGUGAAGGUCAUUCAAGCUAGAAUGAAGGCUGCUCAGGAUAGGCAGAAGUCUUAUGCAGACCUGCAUCGGAAGCCUAUUUCUUACGCCGUUGGAUAUAGGGUGCUGUUGAAAGUUUCUCCGAUGAAGGGUGUGGCGAGAUUUGGGCAGAAAGGCAAGUUAAGCCUGAAAUAUGUAGGUCCCUAUGAAAUUCUCGAGAGGAUUGGGGAGGUAGCUUACAGAUUGGCUAUGCCACCCGAAUUAUCGAGGGUGCAAUAUGUGUUCCAUGUGUCGCAGUUGCGGAGGUAUCGCAUCGAUCCGUCUCAUGUCAUUCCUAUAGAGUCGAUCGCUAUUGAGCCGAAUAUGACUUUCGAAGAGCGACCUGUCCAGAUCUUGGACUGUCAAAAUCGUGCCUUGAGAAGAAAGGUGAUACCCUUGGUUAAAGUACUUUGGAGAAGCCAAAAGUACGAGGAAGCCACUUGGGAAAAGGAAGAAUCGAUGAGGCUUAAGUAUCCCGAGCUUUUUGUCCCAGGUAUUUCCUUGUUAUUUUAA